CUCCCCCCCACUGUUGAUCUUUACAAUUUCCUCGCAAACGCAAAUCGUAUUAUCAACAUGCCGAAAAUCAAGCGAGGACGGAAACCACCUCCAGAGGGCUGGGACCUUGUCGAACCCACUCUCACAGAGCUCCAACAGAAAAUGAGAGAAGCCGAAAACGAAGGACACGAAGGCAAACGGAAAUCAGAAUCCCUCUGGCCAGUCUUUCGGCUCCACCACCAACGCUCCAGAUAUAUUUACGACAUGUUCUACCGCCGAAAAGCCAUCUCCCGCGAACUCUACGAUUAUUGCUUAAAAGAGGGAUACGCUGAUGGUGCCUUGAUUGCAAAGUGGAAAAAGGUCGGCUAUGAAAAGUUGUGCUGUUUGCGGUGUAUACAGCCCAAGGACACGAAUUAUGGGACCAUGUGUAUUUGUCGGGUGCCAAAAGACAAGUUGAGUGAGGAACGUGUUAUAGAGUGUUUGCAUUGCGGGUGCCGAGGGUGUGCUUCAGGAAGCUGAUACUUUUGUUAAAUAGUUUUAUGUCUAUUAGCUUGUGGAUGUCGCUUGUAAAUAUAGGGGGGAAAACCUCAGAUUUAGAACGAGUUGCGGCCAGUUUUUCUGUGGACUUGAGUAGGGUGCAGCUGAGAUAUGAAAGAAUGCGGUUAUACACGGACUCGCCUGAGAAUCCCUCAACCUUCCACUUGAUUUUAAGAGCGCGUGCGAAAAUCUAUUUGACUAGAACGUCCGGUAGCUACCGCAAAAACCAAAACUUCAAAAAGACAUUUCUCGAAAAAAUACAAGGAG